GAACGUCUUGUCUCGUUUUGGUCACCCCCUUUAUCCGUAAAAAUAAAUCAAAACUACAGCAAAUGAUGACCCAGAUGCUCAGUCCUCCACCUGAAGAGUUGGUCAAACAAUGGGAAAGUGAGCAGAAGCGACUCAGGCAGCAGGUGGUGGAGGAAGACACUGAGGACUGGCAGAGGAGCCCGGACUUCUCUGGCCUGGAGCGGAUCGGUGGCGUGGACCUCUCCUUUAUCAAAGGGGAUGAAGUCAAUGCCUGUGCCCAGCUCGUGGUGCUCAGUUACCCUGAUUUGAAGGUUCUGUAUGAAGACAGUCACAUGGUGACCCUGACGGCCCCUUAUGUCUCUGGCUUUCUAGCCUUCAGGGAAACCCCUUUCUUCCUGGAGGCGCUGCAGCGACUGAAGACCAGCCAGCCGACACUUAUGCCUCAGGUGGUGUUUGUGGAUGGGAAUGGUCUUUUCCACUACAGAGAAUUCGGCUUGGCGUGUCAUCUUGGGGUGCUGUCAGGUCUCCCCUGUGUGGGCGUGGCUAAGAACCUGUUGCAGGUGCAGGGGGUGCUUAAAGACGAAGAUCACCAGUCACAAAUUGCUGCUCUGCAAAAAGGAGGAGACAGCUUCCCACUCACUGCCGCCUCGGGCAAAGUGCUCGGAAAGGCGCUGAGAAGCUGCGAUAAGAGCUCCAAGCCUGUUUACGUCUCUGUGGGUCACAAAAUCAGCCUGGGCACCGCUGUCCGGCUGACACAGUCAUGCUGCCGCUACCGGGUACCUGAACCCAUCAGACAGGUUCAGUACGCCGGUUCUUUCUCAGCUUCAGUUCUGAAGAAGCUCUUCAGUCAGAAACCAAGAUAUGGAGACCAGCAUCCAGUCAAAAGUGAAGCUGCAGACGAUAUUUUCCAUAAACAAUGUUUCAGACUCACAGUCGACUCUCUGAACGCAGAGGAGUAGACAGAAAACAGGCCUAGACGCCUUGAAUCUCUUUAGAUAGGGAGCCUGUCUGCCAGGCAAUUAACAAAUUCCUGAGCAUGGUUCAAAAGUUCACUAGGAUCUUAAAACUUUUUAUAAAUAAUUUUAUCUAUAUUAGAAUUAACUAUAUUUCUUUAAGCAUGUUUUUAAUUAGUUACUUAUUAGAUCCAAACUUAUAGUCAUUAUUUAGCAUUACAUUUUGUGCAAGCUUGGUUAAGAAUACAAACUACUUUCUUGUGAAAACAUUUUGAGGCAGAGAUAACGCUGCAGCUGCAAUCAUAUAUCAAACUGGACAGCGGCUGGUACGAGAAGGGUUUUCUGUAUAUCUGCUUUUGGGGCUCUUUAGCAGGAGGUAAUAAAAUUAACAUUAAGACAGCCCACACAAAGGAAAAGAACACACCUCCUAAUGCAUAUAUUUAAAUGAGGAGAAUACGCAGUCUAUAAAAAAUGGUUGGUUUCACAGCAGAAGUUGGAAUCUCUUUGUGCUGAGUGAGAGUUUCCCGGAGGAUGCAUCUUCUGUUUUGUCUUUUUUUUACUCAGUUCUUUGUCUCUGUUUUGUAAUGUCUUGGACUUUUGCUCUAGGUGAGAUGCUUAUUGUAAAGUUCUUCUUGGAUUGAAUUUCUCUGGAUAAAACUC